CGUAACUCCCCCGACAAUGACGGUUUUCUCAGGUAAAGUCGUUCCCAUGGAUUACGAGGCAGAGGUAUCACAGCGUCUUCUCGACGCUAUCCUCGACGGAGACACCAAAACGGCGUCGGAUCACAUCUCCGAUCCGCUCGUGGACGUGAACUUCGUGGGAGCCGUUAGCUUGAAGACGAGACGGAGCGAGGUCGUGGUACGUGAUGAAUCCGCGAGCGAAGUCAGAGUUGAGUACGAGGAAUUUAAAACCGACGUGACGGCGUUGUUCCUCGCCGUUAGUUUCGGAAACGUGGCUCUCGUGAAGAAGUUACUGAACAUUGGAGCUGAUGUGAACCAGAAGCUCUUCAGGGGAUUUGCAACGACUGUAGCUGUAAGGGAAGGUCAUUUCGAAGUACUUGAGAUUCUACUUAAAGCUGGUGCUUCACAGCCCGCUUGUGAGGAAGCUCUGAUGGGAGCAAGCUAUCAUGGACGCCCCAGGUUAGCUGAGCUGCUUAUGGGAACUGAUCUUAUACGGCCUCAGGUCGCUGUGCAUGCUCUUGCCACUGCUUGUUGCAGAGGUUUUGUGGACGUUGUAGGGACCUUGCUCAAAUGCGGUGUAAAUGCUGACUCCAUGGAUAGGCUUCUGCUUCAAUCUUCAAAGCCUUCUCUAUACACAAACGUGGACUGUACAGCUCUUGUAGCUGCCAUUGUCAACAGGCAGGUCUCUGCCGUCCGCUUGCUACUUCAGGCUGGUGUGAAGACAGAUAUCAUGGUCAGGCUUGGAGCGUGGUCAUGGGACACCAACACUGGAGAAGAGUUCCGAGUGGGAGCUGGAGUGGCUGAACCAUACCCUUUAAUCUGGUGUGCUGUAGAGUUCUUUGAAACCAGUGGUGACAUAUUGCGUUUGCUGCUCAAAGUUCAAUCUCCAAACGCUACUCACAACGGUCGGACUCUACUCCACCAUGCUGUCCUCUGCGGUAGCCAGGCAGCAGUCAGAGUCCUCCUCAACUGUGGCGCCGAUCCAGAAACUCCUAUCAAAACCUCACGAGGGGUUGAACUUCGACCGAUUCAUAUCGCUGCACGUUACGGAUCAGUGGAGAUCAUACAAGAACUGGUUGGCUUUGGCUGCGAUAUAAACUCAAAGACCGAUGAUGAGGACACAGCUCUUCUGAUCUCAACAAGACACAAACAUUCAGAGUGUGUAAAGGUACUAGCCCUUGCUGGUGCUGACUUCGGCUUAGUGAACAAGUUUGGCGACUCUGUUGUAUCGGUUGCGGAGUCAAGCAAGUGGUGUCUCGGAUUAGAACGAGUAGUUCUUGAACUGAUCCGGUUCGGUGUGGUUCCAUAUUCAAGCAACGCUUCAGUGUUCUCUCCUUUGCUGUACGUAGCUAAAGCAGGAGACUCCGAGGCGCUUAAAACGCUUGUGAAAGCUCAAGGAGUGUUCCUAGACUAUCAAGACGAGGGAGGCUUCUCGGCUGCAAUGUUAGCUGCCAUGAACGGCCACGUUGAAGCAUUCAGAGUCUUGGUCUACGCAGGUGCAGACGUGAAGCUGCUCAACAAAUCAGGCGAGACAGUUGUUUCUCUGUCUGAGAAGAACGGGUACCUUGACGUGAUCGAGAAGGUGAUGCUUGAGUUUGCUCUUGAGAAGGAAAACAAGAACAUGGCGGGAGGGUUCUACGCUCUACACUGUGCUGCAAGGCGUGGAGACGUCAAAGCUGUGGAGCUUUUGAGUGGGAAAGGAUAUUGUCUCGACGUCCCUGAUGGAGACGGCUAUACUCCUUUGAUGCUUGCGGCUAUAGAAGCCCAUGGGAAGAUGUGUGAGUUUCUGAUCUCCCGUGGCGCAAAUUGUAAUGCUAGGAAUGAGAGAGGGAAGACGUUGCUGGAUCUCGCGGUUGGUGAUGCGGAGAAGGUGAUACGUAACGAGUUGUCUCGGAGGUUUGUGAUAAAGGGAAGUACUGUGAUGAAACACACCAAGGGAGGGAAAGGUAAGAAGCAUGAGAAGGGACUGAAGAUGUUGGAAUCAGGAGUACUAAGUUGGGGAAAGUCUGUAAAGAGAAACGUGGUGUGCAAGGAAGUGGAGAUUGGGAUGAGCCAGCGGUUCAGGAGGAACCGCAAGGGGAAAGGAGAUGCGGUUGAGGAGGAAGAAGGGACUUUCCGGGUGGUGACUACGGCCAACAAAGAAGUUCAUUUUGUGUGUGAAGGUGGGUUGGUGGGUGCAGAGAUGUGGGUAAGGGGAAUAAGACUUGUGACAAGAGAGGCUAUUUGUGGGUGA